AUGGCAACCAUUGAACCUCCUACACCAACAUUCUACUCUCAAGCUAAGAAGAAUCAUGUUUGGUGUGUUUCUAUGGAUGAAGAACAUACUGCUCUUCUUGAAGUUGAUGCUUGGACCAAAGUACCUCCACAUCCUUCACAAAAUUUAGUGGGCUGCAAAUGGGUUUAUAAGGUGAAACAUAAAGCAAAUGGUAUUAUUGAAAGACAUAAUGCUAGGCUUGUUGCCAAGGGUUAUCAUCAACUUAAGGGUCUUGAUUACACAGAUACUUUUAGUCCUGUGGUGAAACCAACAACUAUCAGAAUUGUCCUAGCUCUGGAUGUGAAUUUAAAUUGGGAUAUCAAAUAA